AUGGGCGACAAACGUGUGCACACAGCCUUACCCAUCCCAUCCCAUCCUACGAUGUAUACAACUGUCAGGUUUAAAGGAAGCCCCUUGUCCGCAGGUGAUACGUUGAAUGGACAGCGUCUAAUCGAGUUCCGACUAGGCCAUGAAGUAGAGUCCGAACAAGGCCUGUCUAUAGCCUCCGCGGAACUAAUGGUCCGCGCGGAAGCCACACCCCGGGCGUCCAGGCGCCUCCGGUACACGCUUUGGGCGUUUACGGUACACGGGAACGCGAGCGUUGGGGAACUGGCCGGAGCGACGGAAGCCGGAGGCGGAAGAAACGCCGGUCGAGGAUGGCAACGGGUGGACGUAACGGGCGCGGCGCGUCGCUGGGCGGAGGCGGGCGCGCUAGAGCCGCUGCGGUUGCUGGUCGACUGCAGCGGCUGCGCGGGCCGCGUGCGGUUGCGGCUGGGAGGUGCGGCGGCCGCACGCCCCCUGCUGCGGCUGCGGGUGGCCGCGCGGGCACCGCGGCGUCGCCGGUCGCUGGACUGCGACGCUGCAGCGCGCGGCCGCUGUUGCCGAGAGACCUACUACGUGAGCUUCCGCACGCUCGGCUGGGACGACUGGAUCGUCGCGCCCGAGGGCUACUACGCUAAUUACUGCCACGGCGUGUGCGAGCCCUACCUGAACUAUCACUCGCAGGUGGUGGAGGCAGCUCGGCUGGAGCGCGCCGCGUGUUGCGCGCCAGUGCGCUUCUCUGCGCUGUCGCUGAUCUACUUCGGCGCCGACUCCAACAUCAUCAAGCGCGACCUGCCCGAGAUGGUGGUCGAGGAGUGCGACUGCCCCUAG